AUAAUAAAGCAACUACCCCACCAACCCACCAGACAUACCUGGUCACCGAAUCGACGAACAACCCCGCGCUGCAAAUACAAUACAUACCUAUCUAGUUAGUUCCUUACCAGCGGCCAACACCAUUCUGAGCUGUUAAACUACGAAACACCGUUCGUUUCCUUUCAUCUCAAUUAAUUACCAGGGAAUGGCAGACGUAGAACAGGCAGAAGCCCCCAGCGAGCCCCAGAGCCGCCACGUGCUCUACUGCGGCGUAUGCACUUUACCACCAGAGUACUGCGAAUAUGGCGGCACCGUCAAGAAAUGCCAGGACUGGCUACAGAAGGCUUAUCCGACCUUAUAUGACCAGAUAUGGUCCGCUGAAGCCUUAGAAGCCGCCACCGCCUCCCUAUCCGUCGAAGCCCAAAAGCGAGCCGCGAAGGACGCCCAAAAGAAAGCCGCUCAGGCAGAAAAGGCCGAGCAGAAACAGGCCGACAAGAUCGCCAACAGCGUCGUCACCAUCAAGCGCGUCGAGCGGAACAAGCGCAAAUACGUAACCGCUGUGUCCGGUCUCGAAGCAUUUGGACUAGACCUGAAGAAGGUGGCCAAAGAAUUCGGCAAGAAGUUUGCCACCGGCUCUUCGGUAACCAAGGUGCCAAGCGGCGGGGAGGAGAUUGUAGUCCAGGGAGAUGUGAGCGACGAGAUCGAGGAGUUCCUGUUAGAGAAGUAUAAGGAUAUACCGGAAGACAACAUCGAGUUAGUAGAUGAUAAGAAAAAGAAAAGUGCCAGCGCCGCCGGCUGAGCGUGUUAUGUCACAAAGGAGUCACGUAUGCCCUACAUGAAUUAGGGGAGAGACAGAAGGAAACAGUCCUUGAAAUAGAAAAAGACAGCAUGAAGUUUUUUCAUUGUAACCUGAGACCU